AGUCAAGAAAAAACAAAAAUCCCUAUCUCAAAAAAUUAGCAUAUCAUGAAAAGGUACUCUAAAGAAGCUACUGACCUACACAUCUGAAUCAAAGAAUUAACUCAAAACCCCUGGGAAAGGCUUUAAAAAAUUCCCAGCCUGUCUCAUUACUCAAAACCGCAAUCAUGGGCAAGACUGCCGACUUGACUGCUGUCCAGAAGGCCAUUAUUGACACCCUCAAGCAAGAGGCUAAGGCACAGAAAGAAAUUUCUGAGCGAAUAGGCUGUUCCCAGAGUGCUGUAUCAAGGCACUUCAGUGGGAAGUCUGUGGGAAGGAAAAAUGUGGCAGGAAACGCUGCACAACCAGAAGAGGUGACCGCACCCUGAGAAAGAUUGUGGAGAAGGGCCGAUUCCAGACCUGCAGAAACAGUGGACUGAGUCUGGAGUAGAAACAUCCAGAGCCACCGUGCACAGGGGCGUGCUGGAAAUGGGCUACAGGUGCCGCAUUCCCCAGGUCAAGCCAGUUUUGAACCUGAAACAGCGUCAGAAGCGCCUGACCUGGGCUACAGAGAAGCAGCACUGGACUGUUGCUCAGUGGUCCAAAGUACUUUUUUCAGAUGAAAGCAAAUUUUGCAUGUCAUUCAAGGUGCCAGAGUUUGGAGGAAGACUGGGGAGAAGGAAAUGCCAAAAUGCCUGAAGUCCAGUGUCAAGUACCCACAGUCAGUGAUGGUCUGGGGUGCCAUGUCAGCUGCUGGUGUUGGUCUACUGUGUUUUAUUAUGGGCAGGGUCAAUGCAGGAGAUUUUGGAGCACUUUAUGCUUCCAUCUGCUGAAAAGCUUUAUGGAGAUGAAGAUUUUAUUUUUCAGCACGACCUGGCACCUGCUCACAGUGCCAAAACCACUUGUUUACUGACCAUGGCAUUACUGUGCUCAAUUGGCCUGCCAACUCUCCUGACCUGAACCCCAUAGAGAAUCUGUGGGAUAUUGUGAAGACGAAGUUGAGAGACACCAGACCCAACACUGUGGUUGAGCUUAAGGUCGCUAUCGAAGCAUCCUGGACCUCUAUAACACCUCAGCAGUGCCACAGGCUGAUUACCUCCAUGCCACGCCGCAUUAAAGCAUAUCUGCAAAUGGAUUCCCGACCAAGUAUUGAGUGCAUAGCUGAUAUAAUGAAUUGAAGGUUGACUUUUUUGUAUUAAAAAACACUUUUUUGGAUUGGUCGGAUGAAAUAUGCUCAUUUUUUGAGAUAAGGAUUUUUGGUUUUUCAUGAGUUUUUUGCCAAAAUCAUCAAUAUUAAAACAAUAAAAGGCUUGAACUACUUCAGUUGUGUGUUAUGAAUCUAAAAUAUAUGAAAGUCUAAUGUUUGUCAGUACAUUACAGGAGAUAAUGAACUUUAUCACAAUAUGCUAAUUUUUUGAGAAGGACUAGUAUAUUAGUAUAACACCAUUUACCAUACCACCAUACCCUUGUGAAACGAAUCCUCACCGUGGUCAGUUUUAAAAUGGUAGCUUUUGGACUGAAUAUUCCAGGCAGGAACAUUUAUAAUAAUACAUUGAAAAUGAACUUUUUUUUGUUUCCCGCCAUUUUUAGGGGAAUUCUUAAUCAGGCAGCUGAGGACAACUAUGCUUUUGGCCAAAUUCAGUGUCCAUUGAAUAUGGUGCACCGUUUUGGCAGUGCUCUCCGGCGUUUCAUGGUCCACAUCUUCAAUCCUUGGUUCUCACUCAGUCAUUUUUGUCGCUUUUGAAAGCUUAGGUUUGAAAAAAUUAAUUCAUUAUUCAUCUUGCCUCUUCUGUCCUUAGGUAGUUUUGGCUAAGUAAAGCAAAUGACUAUUUCUGAGUCACAUGAUCUGUUCGAAAAAUUAUUUUGACCCAUUAUAAAAAUAUAUAUUUUUUUUCUUUUCAUUCAUUGUUGCUGUUUUAUUGUUUUACAGCGUUUAUAGACAUUUCACCGGCAAAGUCUUAAUUUAAAUUCAUAUACACUGUAUAGCAGGGGUGUCCAAACGUUUUGCAAAGGGGGCCAGAUUUGGUGUGGUAAAAAUGUGGAGGGCCGACCUUGGCUGACGUCCUUUACGUAGAACAAUAUAUAUAAGGAAAUGUUAGCAAGCCAUUCUGUGUGUCACAUUUGCUUUAUUAUUUUUUUUAGUGCUGAAACGAAUCAAUUAACUCCAGUAUUCGAUUAAAUAAAAAAGAUUCAAAUUAAAUUUUGGUGCUUCGAGUAUUCGUUCAAUUAAAGUGAUACACUGCCCUCUAGUCUGCCUCAUUUCACAUGGCUGAAUCCAGCUGCUCAAUGUUAAAACCAACUUAAGUCAAGUUUUUGUUUGAGCAAAUUUUUUUUUUUUUUUUAAAUGCAUUCGUAAUUUAAUUUAUUGGUACAUUUAGCAGUUGUUUAAAAAAAUUUUUUUUUUAAAUGGGAAUAUGUGUCUGAACCAUUUGUGAAGAGCAUCGUAAAAAAAAAAAAAAAAAAAUGGUGUUUUAUAGCAUUUAAGCUAGCAGACAUUUGCUAUGUAAGUUAGCCAUUGUUCUUUUGUCAAUCCUUAUUUCUUUUUUAUACCGUUUGAGGCUCAGCUCAGGUAUUUUAAUUUUUCAUGUUCCUUAUCCGACUACUCGAUUAUUCGAACUAACUAGUUCAUCGAUUAAUCGACUAAAAUAAUCAAUAGCUGCAGCCCUAAUUUUUUAAAUUAAUAAUUUCAACAAUCUCGCAACUAGCCUUUGUGGCAUUCUCUUUCGACUCUCGGGCUCUUGCGAAAUACUGCUGUUAUAUGUAAUGUUAUAAUGUAAUAAUGCUGCUGUAAAAUUAAACUAGCUUGAAGUUGCUUCAAUUUCUCGCUUCUUCCCUGUAAUAUUUUCGUACAUGUCACCGUGUCUUGUUUGGUAAUAUCGCCUCUGGUAAUAUCGCCUAACAUUGAACUAUUUAAAAACAGAGCACUGUCUCUUUGCAAAUGUGGCAGACACAGCUGUUGCGUAUUUUAGUGAACAAAUAGUCCAAUUUCCACCUAUCCCUGAAGCGUCGGCCGUCGCAGUCAAAAGUUUUUGUUGAUUGUCACCAUUUUAGAAAAUUGGGAGUAAAGGGUCACACGGGGUAAUGUUGCUUAGAGUGCUGCUGCCUUUUAGUGGGUAAAUGAGGAGCAGCAUUGAGUGUGUAAGCUGAAAUUUGACCGAGGGCCGCAUUUGGCCCCCGGGCCGGACUUUGGACAUGACUGCUAUAUAGGAAAGUCAAUUACACGCAAUGACAUGUUUCGGCCACCGGGUGAGGGGUGGGGAUAUGCCCCUGACCGCCCCCCAAUCUCCGCGUAUGUGUCCUAUGUAUUUUGGAGCAUUCCUGAGGCUUUUUUGCGGGUCUACUCAUGACAGACAUGCAAGGGCGUAGGUUUGGUCUCAACAAUGGUAGGGACGAUAUAAUAGUUUUGUUUUCAAAAACUACUAAAAAAACAUUUUGAAAAAAUUCCGGAUUUUAAGAACAAAUUUAAAUGGCAUUAUUUGAACAUAAAUUAUAUUACAAUAUAAAAUAAAUACAAGCUUGUUAAUCAUCUCUUAACGAUCCAGGCAUUUAAAAAAAACUUGUCUUAAGACCACUCAACAUUGUCUCAAUAAAGAAUUUAAAUAUAACUGAUAAAAAAAUUAUUUGUCAGGGAACAACAAAAAAAAAUAAAAAAAAAAUGGAUCUGUCCUUCAGGUAAAACACUACUGCUUUUGUCUGCAAGCACAGCCAAACUGAACAAAAAAAUGGAAGCACCCGUGGGCUGCUUUAAGACCACAUAAAUAAAAUAAAAAGUAAAAAUGGGGAGAAGGGGGAAGACGUCGGUUCACUAAAUUUCUCACAGUUAAUUUAACGUUAACAGUCGAAAACACAUACAGGAAGACCCUUCUCUUUCAGCAGCUUCCUACUCGUGUUUUGCAGGUUAGCAAGUUUAAACUGUUUAAUGUUAUGCUAACUCUGAUUCAGGUCAGACUUUCAGUAGCAAAAUUAGUGGUGGGUUCCCUACUUCCACAACUUUCAUGUCUUUUUACAUUUCGUACAGUGGCUGCUACUGGCUGAAAAAAAACAACUUCUAUUAUCCCCGAUAUCUAAUGUGUGUGUGUGUGUGUGUGUGUGUGUGUGUGUGCGUGUGCGUUUUUGUGUGUUUGUUGGGGGCAUCAAGUCAUCAGCCAAUCAAAUAAGCGUUUAGGAGGGGAAAAAAUGGACCGGCACAUUCAGCAUGUGAGAAGAGGUACAUCGGCGAUGCUGAUCGACAAAUGAUCUGACAAAGGACGGAAACAUCACUGCGUGUCCAGACAGACGCCGGCCGUCGACGAUGGGUUGCGCUUGCUGCAAGCACAAGAAGUCGGCAAAACUGGAAGCGGCCGCCUUGACGGGCGCCGCUGACGCUUCCGUGCCGUCACCCGUCGAAAGCGACGGCGCCUUAUCCUCGGGGGUGCCGCCAGUGGGACGAUACUGCCCGGACCCCACCCAGGCCAUACCGGACUUCAAUAAGGGAUUCUCAACCGCUGCCAUCUUCCCAAACUCCAACACGCAACAUUGGGCCACUGGAGUCACAAGCGGUGGCGUCACGCUUUUCAUCGCGCUUUACGACUAUGACGCUCGCACUGAGGAUGACCUCACCUUCCAGAAAGGAGAAAAGUUUCAAAUCAUCAACAACACCGAGGGCGACUGGUGGGAGGCUCGUUCUUUGGACACGGGCAACGCCGGCUACAUCCCGUCCAACUAUGUCGCUCCGGUCGACUCCAUACAGGCCGAGGAGUGGUAUUUCGGAAAGAUGGGGAGGAAGGAUGCGGAGAGACAGCUGCUGGGCCACGGCAACCAGAGGGGGACUUUCCUCAUUCGCGAGAGCGAGACUACCAAAGGCGCUUACUCGCUUUCCAUCCGUGACUGGGACGAGAACAAGGGAGAGCACGUCAAGCACUAUAAGAUCCGUAAACUGGACAACGGCGGCUACUACAUCACCACCAGGUCUCAGUUUGACACCGUGCAGCAGCUGGUUGCGCACUACACAGAGCGAGCAGCGGGGCUUUGCUGCCGCCUGAUUGGCAGCUGCAAGCGGGGCAUGCCCAAGCUGGCAGAUUUAUCGGUGAAGACCAAGGACAUGUGGGAGAUUCCUCGCGAAUCCCUGCAGCUGAUUAAAAAGCUGGGCAACGGCCAGUUUGGAGAAGUCUGGAUGGGCAUGUGGAACGGGACCACCAAGGUGGCGGUGAAGACCCUGAAGCCCGGCACCAUGUCCCCCGAGGCCUUCCUGGAGGAGGCUCAGAUCAUGAAAAGGCUGCGCCAUGACAAGUUGGUGCAGCUGUACGCCGUGGUGUCGGAGGAGCCCAUCUACAUAAUCACCGAGUUCAUGAGUCAAGGAAGUUUACUGGAUUUCUUAAAAGAUGGCGAGGGGCAAAACCUUAAGCUACCCCAGCUUGUCGACAUGGCGGCGCAGAUCGCGGCCGGUAUGGCUUACAUCGAGAGGAUGAACUACAUCCACAGGGACCUGCGUGCUGCCAACAUCCUCGUCGGAGACAACCUGGUGUGCAAGAUUGCAGACUUUGGUCUGGCCAGGCUCAUCGAGGAUAACGAGUACACUGCUAGACAAGGAGCCAAGUUCCCCAUCAAAUGGACGGCUCCGGAAGCGGCGCUGUACGGACGCUUCACCAUCAAAUCAGACGUGUGGAGCUUCGGCAUUCUUCUCACUGAGCUUAUCACCAAGGGACGCGUGCCCUACCCAGGCAUGAACAACCGCGAGGUGCUGGAGCAGGUAGAACGAGGCUAUCGGAUGGCCUGUGCCCCGGGCUGCCCCGCCUCGCUCCACGAGCUCAUGCUGCAGUGCUGGCGGCGCGAGGCCGACGAGCGGCACACCUUCGAGUACCUGCAGUCCUUCCUGGAGGAUUAUUUCACCGCCACCGAGCCGCAGUACCAGCCCGGCGAGAACCUGUGACCGCGCACGCAAACAAAAACACACACAUACGAAGAGCAAAAAAAAACAUAACACGAUGUGGCCUUUUCCCUGCAACCUUUCGGGACGGGCGAGGAGCUCGCUUGGACCUCGGCUGAUCGGGCCCUGCAGUGAUGUUGCUUUACUCGGUAACCAUGACAACAAGGAAGAAGAUGUAGAUGGUCGGGGAGGAGGGAUGCGACUUGGCACAUGAUCCUCGCAUCUUUCUCAGCCGCCAUAUACUGUUUGUUCCAUUCAUUCUCGCAUUUUUUGGCACCUGAUGGUCAUGUUGUGUCUGAGCAAACAUUAGGAAGCCUUUGGGGUUGGUGUGUGUGUAUGUGUGUAGAAUCUAGAUAAUCUAUCUAUACUAAAGAUGGAUUAAAACAGGGGUUCUCAAAUUUGGGUCUUUAGACAAUAGUUAACUGCAAUGAAUUGUCACGGUGAUGAAACAAAAAAGCAACAACUCCUCCCGACUCUGAUAUGAUUGUGAUGUAUCA